AUGUUCAGAUCGAAUCUUGCAAAGGGAAAAGUUCCAACAAAGAAUGGUUGUCUUCCUCGAGCUAAAUAUAUGCAAAAAAUGGCUAUCAAGAAGUGGUGGAAACCAGUGCUUGAUUCCACUGUUUUGGCUCCUGAUGUUAUACUUAGAAGAGAAGUUUAUGAAAAACUUCAUAGCUUCAUUAAGAUGGCCUAUCUAGACAGCCAUAAAGUGGGCUGUGCUGUCAAGAUGUGUGACUCUGACUAUCUCGUCAAAUGCAUCUACCGAGAAGUGCCACAUCAACCAGACGUACCACUCUAUAUGCCUGGUGAAGUUUGCAGCGAUUGUAAGGCAGAGUAUAAUGAGGUGUGCGAAGUGGAAGAAGGACUUUGCGAAGUACUCGACAACAAAUCGGCUUAG